AAGCAUUGACAAGCGAAGAAUGAGCCAGCAUCCCAAGGACUCUUUGCCCAGCAAAGUUAUGGAGGAGCAAAAUUCAGAUGAUGGCAUUAUAAUGGAAGAACGAACUGAACCUCUCCGAGAUAAAUCACCGAAGCCAGAACCUAAGCCCGACGAUUCUGAUGAAAAACCAGAAGAAGAAGAAACUAAGCCUAAGCCAGAGCCGGAAGAAAAAAUUGAGCCUGAAAAAGAUAGGCCUAACUGA